CUACUACAACAUACAUUUCAACUUCAUCGUCCAUUUCUUCCCACGAAAGAAACAAACUAGCCUGAAUCAAAGCUGUAACAAUCUAAUUCAACCAGGCAGAAAAAUGGGGUUUCAUUUCUGGGCAAUGGUUUUGCUAUACUUUUUUCUUGUGUUUGCGAGCGUUGCUUUUGCAGAGGAGAUUAAGCCGGGUUCGAUCCUGCGACCUACCGAUGAAUUGUGGCCCUCAGCAUCUGGUAAUUUCAGCAUGGGAUUUCACAGCACAGCGAACAACGAUAACGAAUACGUGGUCGGCGUUAGCUUUGGUCAUAUAAAGGAGCUCACUUUAGCCUGGACAAUGGGCGCAUUACCAGUAAUUGACGGAGCUCAGCUACGCUUUCAGAGCGAUGGCGAUCUGGUGCUCUUUAAUGCUACAAAUAACGUUGUUUGGAAAAGCAACACUUCAAAUAGAGGCGUUACUUCUGCUGAAAUGAGAGACGAUGGCAACUUUGUGCUGAAAAACGGGAGCUCCGCCGUUGUCUGGGAGACCUUCGAAAACCCUACCGAUACUUUGCUGGUAGGGCAGAAAUUUAGCGAGGGAAAACAUCUGAUUGCGGCUCUUUAUUCUCUUUCUGUUGAAUCUGGGGGAAAUAUGAGCCUUAAAUGGCGGAAUAGGAUAAUAUACUGGAACACUAGUGUGUCUUCUGUGAGCUCGGGUGGACUUGGCUUAUCGCUCAGCAGCAGGGGUAUAUUAUCGCUCGCUAAUUCCACUGGUUUUGGGUACUGGACUGCCCGUAGCAGUGAUUACACAGAUAUUAAAAUCACUGUCAGAAGAGUGACAUUGGACUCAGAUGGGAAUUUAAGGGCAUAUGGAUGGCAUGAAGAUAGUCAGACAUGGGAAGUGGGAUGGAGUGCUGUGGAAGAUCAGUGCAGAGUUUAUGGUUUGUGUGGGGACAAUGGGAUAUGCAUUUAUUAUGAUACAGGGUCUCAUUGUGUGUGCCCUUCUCUGGAUUUUGUUGCAGUGGAUCCCAAGAACACGAGGCUAGGGUGUAGAAGAUUGCAAGACAUUGCUUCAUGUCCCAACAAUCAGACCAUGGUUCCGGUGAAUCAUAAUGAAUUCUUGUCUUAUCCCCCGGAGUUAAAGUCGGUUAAGUAUACACUAGGAAUGACUGACUGUUGGCAAAAUUGCCUCAGGGAUACCAGUUGCACUGCAUCAACAGUUCUGGUUGAUGGUUCAGGUACAUGCCUCUUGAUAACAUCUAAUUUCACUAGUGGGUAUAGUUCGUUGGAUAUUCUGAGCAAUUCAUAUGUAAAAGUGUGUGGGCCAGGUCAUCCUGCGUCUCUCCUAUCUAUACCUUCAAUGAAAGCUCAGAGGCCCUCAAAGGUCUCUGUAGUUGGAAUAGUAGUAGCUUUUGUAGGUGCUGUAAUUGCUGUAGUGGUUUUUGAGGCAGGAGUUUGGUGGAUCUGCUGUAGAAACAAUCCUAAGUUUGCAGGAUUAUCAACACAGUAUACACUUCUGGAAUAUGCAUCUGGAGCCCCUGUUCAGUUUUCUUAUAAAGGACUGCAACAAUCAACAAAGAAUUUCAGAGACAAAGUCGGUUCAGGUGGGUUUGGAACGGUCUACAGAGGGGUGUUGCCAAACAAGACAAUUGUUGCAGUGAAAAAGCUUGAAGGAAUUGAGCAAGGGGAGAAACAAUUUCGAAUGGAGGUGGCCACCAUUGGCAGCACUCACCACUUGAACUUGGUCAGGCUUAUUGGGUUUUGCUCAGAAAGGCGACAUAGGUUGCUGGUAUAUGAAUUCUUGAAAAAUACUUCUCUGGAUAAUUUUCUGUUUGGGUCAACAGAGCAAUCUAGGAAGCUUGAUUGGAAAACCCGUUUCCAUAUUGCCCUUGGAACAGCAAGAGGAAUCACCUAUUUGCAUGAAGAGUGCAGAGAUUCCAUCAUCCAUUGUGAUAUUAAACCCGAGAACAUUCUCUUGGAUGAAAAUUUCAUGGCCAAGGUCUCUGAUUUUGGACUUGCCAAACUCAUAAAUGUGAAAAAUCACCGGGACAGGACAUUGAGUUUAGUUAGGGGGACCAGAGGAUACUUGGCUCCAGAGUGGCUUGCUAAUUUACCAAUCACUUCCAAAUCUGAUGUUUUUAGCUAUGGAAUGGUUCUCCUGGAGCUGGUUAGUGGAAAAAGGAACUUUGAUAUCUCUGCAACCUCAGGGGGCAGGAAGUUCUCAACAUGGGCAUUUGAGCAGUUUGAAAGUGGAAAUGUUUUGAGCAUAGUUGAUGGGAAUCUUAAUGGGAAAUUCGACAUGGAUCAGGUAAUUAGGGUUUUUCAGAUUAGUUUUUGGUGUAUUCAAGCUCAAUCUUCUCUCCGACCUCCUAUGAGCAAGAUUAUUCAGAUGCUUGAGGGGAAUUUGCCUACUGGAAAACCUCCUGAUCCCAAAUUUUUUGGAUUUCAAAGCGAAUCCAGCAUCAAUGUCAGUGAUACCACAAUGUCAGUGGCCACCACAAGUACUUGCCCACCAUCCUCAUCCUCUUCUAAGCAUGUUAUGGUGACAUCAAAUUCUGAGCAGAAUAUGUCGGAGAUUAUCUUCUCUGGCAGUUAGGUAACUCCUUAUGGAAGCUUCUCUUAUGAGCCACCAUUACUACAAAACAUGUUAAAAAGCUGCGUAAGAUGAUUCUGUAUCUCCUGUCAAGCUUCUGUUUUUUUUAUUUAUUUAUUUAUUAUCAAGCUUCUGGUUUCAUGGGUUUUAAAUGUUUCAUAUUCAAGACUAGAGUCAUUGGAACCUUGUACGUCUAGUACUUGAGAUGUAAAUAACAGAGUCAGGGGUCUGUCUUCUUGAGGACUCACUGUGUCAGACUACCUUGAAUGCUUUGAAAAUUUUCUGUUCCAAAAAAACGCCAGCAGUUCUGAUAAUUGUACAUCGGAAACCUGUUCAGUUC